GAAAACAUGAAGCUCGCAUAAUCAGAUAUCUCACCCUAUUAAGGCCGGCUCGGGAUCGGGAGGGUGUUUGGGGUUUCACUGUCUUUUCCUUCGAUCAUUGGAACAUCUUCUCUUUCUCCGUCAAUGGCAAAGAAACCGGUCAAAUAUUCGGUGGUGGACGCGUUCACAGAGUCACCUUUCAAGGGAAACCCCGCAGCAGUGUGUCUACUGGAGGAAGAGAGGGACGACAAUUGGUUGCAAGCGAUAGCCGCUGAGUUCAAUAUCUCGGAGACCUGUUACUUGACUCGAAUUGCUGAGUCGGAGGGUCCUCCCCACUUGAUCAAUGCUAGCUCUAACCCUCGUUUCCGUCUCAGAUGGUUCACUCCCGUCUGCGAGGUUGAACUUUGUGGCCAUGCUACCUUAGCUGCUGCGCACACUCUCUUUUCUUCUGGUUUAGUGGCUUCCAAUAUUGUUGAAUUCGUGACGUUAUCCGGAGUAUUGACUGCAAAAAAAAUACCAGAGAUUGGUAUCACAAGUACCUCUGACUUGGAAAAUGUUGAAAAUCAAGACAGAUACUACAUUGAAUUAAACUUUCCUGUUGAUCUUCCUACAGAAUUUCAUUCUACUGAGACUUCACAAAUUUCGGCAGUGUUAAAGGGUGCUUCCAUAUUUGAAAUAAAAAGGACAACCAUCGGAGAUGACCUAUUGGUUGAAGUCACGUCUGGGAAAUCUGUCGUAGAACAUAAGCCGCAAUUUGAUGCUAUAGUAAAAUGUCCUGGAAGAGGGUUGAUUGUCACUUCCAUUGCUCCUUCAGACUCAGGAUUUGACUUCUACAGCAGAUUCUUCUGCCCAAAAUUUGGAAUUAAUGAGGAUCCUGUUUGUGGGAGUGUGCAUUGUGCUUUAGCAUCUUAUUGGAGCAAGAAACUUGGGAAGCUUGAUUUUAAUGCUUAUCAGGCAUCGCGAAGAGGUGGAGUUCUCAAUAUUCAUCUUGAUGAGCAGAACCAAAGGGUGCUAUUGCGAGGGAAAGCUGUUACAGUGAUGGAAGGAUGCAUUAUAGUUUAGUCCUGCUUUGGCAUUGCAAAUAUAAUUAACAUGAAUAAAUGUAGUGGAUAACAAGACCUACUGCAACUGAGUUUAAAUUCUUAAACUAUUAUAAUGCUAUUGAAUGUUGAUGUUACAUGUUAUGCUAUUUUAUAGUUAUUUGAUGGCUUUAUUGUCUUUA